CUGCGGGUUUACAAAAUGGUGCAGCCGAAGUACCUGAACUCGCGGCCCUGCAGAGUCAACUGGGACAGCGAUACAACAGUUACCGAGUCAGCGGGUAUCAGCAAAGUCCACGUAGCCCAGGGUCUCCUCCGCCAAGUGCUGCCUCAAUUUUAUGCUUAGACUUACAAGUACAGAGAUCCAUUUUACUCACAUGAGCUUGUUUUGUUUUUCAAGAGAAAACAAAAAGACACAAGAAGCGUGCAGUUGGUCUUUAAAUAUUAAGAUCGAUGAUGGAUACAAUUAUACAAUUAUUCUCAUUGAUGUGCUCGACUUGCUCUAACAAUUGCAAUGGCCAGCGCUGCGGAUGCCGCAGCGAAACGAGCGUCUCUUAUCGCAGCACUCACAGGUGGUAAUCCAACGCAGACCAGAGAGUCCUUGGGGUUAAGCGUGUAUCGGGACGCUUUGUUUGGACCGCGAGUAACGCGCACCACAUCUUCUGAUCCGAAUACAGCAUCAGUGCCAUUGUUG